UCACGAGACACUGCCUGUACGUGCGUGACACUGUCAUGGAAAACGUAACAGUACAGUACACUUUGUGCUGUAACCCCUUCUCCUAAACUGGUUAUAAUGAUAAAACACAACUAAAAAAGCAAUUGUGCAUUCUUCGCUAUGAAAGGUAAUUCGUCGUGUUAUUAAUACACGAUUCUUGCAUGUUGUCACUGAUUUCGAUUUCCACUCGGAGUCUAGUUGUUUUCCACUGGCAUGUUGCCCGGAUCAAUAAUCAGCACCUGCAGUACGAAUGUACUGUAUCCGAAUGUCUUUGCUUGGACCUGUUGAAUACGACAAGCGGCGUGGCCGUAAUGCGGAGGCUCUAGGACCCCGAAGACGGAGCACAUCUUUACACUUUUAAAGAUGGCGGAAUCCAAUACAUCUGUUUCCUGCUCUUCGGACAAUUUUUACAGUGAAUUACUCAGCCCCUCCGAGCUGUUCGCCGCGCGCUCACGGAGCCACAAGAUACCGGCGCGCGGCCAGAAGGAGUUCCUGCCGGACGGGUCCGCGCGCCAGCGCGAGAGGCUGCAGCAGAGCCUGGAGGAGCACUGGAGCCUCAUCUCAGAGGAGCGUGUGGAGAGGCUAGGAGCCCUGGUCAAGGGUGAAUGGAUUCCCAGCAAGAAUGUGGUGGUGUUGAAGUCACCAGCGGGAAAGUUUUGGCAAACCAUGGGAUUCUCUGAACACGGGAAGCAGCUUCUGCUCCCCGAAGAGGCCCUUUACCUCAUGGAAUGUGGCAGCGUCCAGGUGUUCCUCCAUGAUCUGCCUCUGUCCAUACAGGAAGGGUACGAAAUGUUUCUCUCCAAAGACACCGUGAAUUUGCAGCAAUACCAGGUGAGACAUGCAGCUGAGAGACGUGAGUGCAGAGGUGCUCUCCCACUCAGACUCGUGCCGCAUAAAGCCGCUGUCUCUUCCCUGAAGGUGUUUAGCCAUCUGAAAAGGCUGGGCUAUGUGGUGAGCAGAUUCGACCGCAGCACCGUCCCAUCUCACUAUGAGAGACAGCUGAACCUUCCCCCAGAGCGAGACGGCCAUGGAAGGCAGCUCAAACGGAAACGCAGCCGGAGCCCCUCAUCCCAGCUGCCUGAUGGACAGGGAGGAGUUGCGGGAGAAUCCCUAGAGAUGCGUGGUGGUGAGACCAAGAGCCAGAGGGCCAAUCCAGAGGACGGGGCAGCGGGCUUAUCCGAGCCAGAGGCAGAAAGAAUGGUGGAAGACGUCCCCGUCCCCAGCGGGGUCCCCGAGAGGAGAUGGUGGGUGGAGGGGGGAGCGGAUCUCCCGCAGAGCCCAACGCGACCCCGACACCGCGGCUGGGUCUGGGAAACCAUCACGCUCCCCGACCUGGGCGCCCACAGAUGCCAGCCUGCCCUGGCCGCCCCUGACCCAUCCCUGCUGCCCGGGCGGCUCUCAGUGGGCGUCUGCGCCAUGGAGCCCUGGCUGCGGAGGCUGAACCUGCGGCCAGAGCGCCUGUCACGACGGGAGAGAGAGCGGGAGAGAAGCCGGUACCGCCGCGACGUCAACGACGACAGGGAGGUGCGGCACUGCCGGAGCUGGGCAGAGUACCACGAGCUGCGGAGGAGGAGGCGGAACCGCCACGGCCGCCGCAAUAGGCCGGAACAUCUGUGGGAGGGAAAGGUCACGCCCCUUCUCCAGCCAGGACAGCACACCACGGCAGGGGACGUCCUGGAUAAGAUUGGCGUCGUCGGAGCUUCCCGUCUGCUGGAUGGUGCGGCUGGAUUAGAAGACUCUGAGGGGUGGAAGAUCAGCUUCGAUGUCUUUCAGCCUGACACUGUGGCAGAGUUUAAGAAGUCGAGCCCGGGGAAGCCUUACUCCCGUCUGUGUGUGUGCAGUUUUGAAGGCCCUGUGCCUGACCUGCGGGUGCUGAAACAGCUGGCUUUCCAGAGUGGGGAUGUGCCGGUGACCUUUGCAGUGGUGGACCAUGGAGACAUCUCCUUUUACUGCUUCAAGGACUUCCAGCUGCCAACUGAUACUUCACACUGACACUUUGUCAUCCGAUUGCCAGUCAGGCCCAAUGAGAGUUCGGUGCUUAGAUGACCAUUUAAGGAACAUUUGCCAAAGUGACCUGGAAUACUAGGCUUUCCUUGAGAAAGCAGAUUUUUUUUUUUUUUUUUUAAAAGAACUAUUAGAUGUAGGUCAUCCCUGAUAUUUCUCAUUUUUUGUAAUCUCUGCACUAUAUGAACAUAAUGUUGUUUCUUAAGUUCAGCAGGAUGGAGGUUGACAAAGGGGCUCUAGGAUUCAUUGUGCAGCAGUGUGUAUUUAAGCUUUCUCUGGAUGUGUUGUAUUCCUAAUGUCAAUAAUCUAGUUCAUCAAAAGCUAAGCAUCACUGAAGGUUACUUUUAUUAUUUUAUUAUUAUUUUGUAAAUUUUAUUCUUUUGAAUUGGGAUAAACUGGGUUAGUUUUUUUCAACUGGACUUUGGGUAAUAAAUGCUUUCAGAAUCA